AUGAAAAGCAAGCCCACCCUUCGUUUUGAGGCUGGAGAGCUGGUGCUGAGGGCGUCUAAGCAGGCAGCCACUGUGGAGAAAGUCCACCUUUCACAAGUGGCUGAAGGGGUGCCCUUUGUACCAAAGGACCCUGAGGCUGUGCUGGAGGAGGCCAAGGUCAGGGUAGUCCAAGGUGGAGGGUGUCCCUUUGAUGACCUGCUGCUGGCAAGUCAAAGUGCCAUCCAGUUUGGUCAGUACAGAGGGAAAACCUUCAAGUGGAUGCUGGAGAAUGACCUUGGAUACUCCCUCAUGGUCCUGUCUGGGCAUCAGCGGGAGCGCGAGGCUGGCAGAUUGGACAGAGGUGCCCUCAUGGCUAACAAAUAUGUCUUUCUCAGAUAUGCCUGCACAUUCGAGAAGGUUGCAGAAGCCAUCAAUGUGCGCAGGCAGAGAGAGGGAACGUUACCUGGCUGUGAGGGUGACGGUUUGGUGGGCUUUGGGGUCCACAGGAAGAGCACCUUCAAGGAGCUCUAUGAGGCCAAGGACAGGGAGAGGAAAAGCUAUGUGGAGUUCAUUAGAAACAAGAAAACCAGUGCAGGCAGCAAGAUGGAUGCCCUGAAGAAAUACAUCUUGCAGAGGGACCAGAAGAAAAUUAGGGCUGAAGAGAGAAAAAAGCCAUCUUCUGCAUCCCAGCCUGUUGUUCUCCCUGAGGCCUGGAAGCGCUCCCUUCCAAAGGAACAACACGAGUGGAUCGGCCGCUCCCUCUUCCGAAACCAGGGUGGAAGGGCAGUGCUGACAGAUAACCUGCAGAUGUGGUGGUACCCUCCCCAGCCACGUCUGCUCUAUCAUCAGCCUCCAGCAUCGCCAGAUGUGUUCUUCACCUGGCCGCUGUGUGUGUGGAUGCCCUACAGGAUGUGGUCCUACAAGCUGAUCUGUAGCUCACCACACUGCAGACGGUCCGGUCAGCGACUGACAGCUUGUGGGCUCUACAAGACAGUGAGGCGGGUGCUGAACUUACACGGCUGGUAUUUUCUGGCGACGGAAUACCUGGAGUGUCAGCGCUGCCAUAAAAAGCUGGCCGCAUGGUCCUACGACAUCCUGGACCAGCUGGAUCCGGCUCACCGCAGGAUGUUCCCAGCUAUCCUCACUUACCGGUUCUCUUGUGAUAUGCAUGUGGCAAAGUUGAUGAGGGAGCGCUCUCUCGGCAACAGCGCCACAAUGCUAUAUCACAAACUAUGUGAACAGCAUAGUGAGGACUGGAUGGAGAGGACCCUGCAGUACCUGUCUGCGUGUGAACGGUUUCAGGGCACCACCACACGGCCCAUCACACCUCCACCUCCGAUGCCACCUGUACCAACUGCCCAGUGGCUCCUCUCUGUCCACGCAGAGGAUGUCCGGUCCCGGUAUAGUGAGCUAAAAGCCAGGGUCACCUCUGUCUUUGGGUCCAUCCUGAAAAUGGACUCCACAAAACAGGUGGCCAAAAAACUGGCGGGAGCUGCAGCUGGGACCGCAGCCUGGGUCACCAAUGUGGGCAAUGAGCACGGACAGGUCCUCAUGUCUGUGCUCACCUCACAUGAAGGUCAGGGACUGCUGCCCAUGACCACGGGCCUGGUGAGGAGGUACGAGGCGGCUGGAGUCGCUUCCCCCACGCUCCUGUAUGUGGACAGAGACUGCUGCUCUUCUGUGGGAACAUCUAGAGCAGCUGCCAUGUUCAGCGGCUGGAGUGAUCUGGUGGUUCGUCUCGAUGUGUGGCACUUCAUGCGGCACUUCGCUGCCGGUCUGCACACUGACAGCCACCCGCUCUAUGGUCUGUUCAUGGCAAAGCUCUCUGCCUGCAUCUUCGUCUGGGACGAGGGAGAUGUGGCCCUGCUGAGGGAAGCGAAAAGGAGGGAGCUGGAGCAACAGCAGGGCAUCAAAGGCCUCACUGAAGAGCAGCUGACCGGCAGGCUCACCUCCAGACAGCUGGCGCAGCACUGUCGCCGCUGCACACGUGGCGUGGAGGAGACAGAGCAGCUGAUCAGACAGAUGCUGGAGGCCUUCAAGGACGCCAGGGAAACCAUGGGCAUCCCCUUGAUGGACCAGGAGAGGAUGGACGUCAUCUGGGACACUCAAAGGCGUCAUCUUCCCUGCAUCCAGGACCCUCCUGGAGUGCAGCUGUACACCCAGACAGGAAGUGUUACAAAGGGAGGGCUAACACUUCCUGUGUACCGCUGCGCUCGGGGGUCCACUUCCCUGGAGUCCUUCCAUAACCACCUCAACCGCUUCAUACCCGGUAAGAUUGCACACAUCCACCUCGAGAGGCAGUAUGUCUGGAGCUCUGCUCCAUUCAUCCAGCGGGGAAGGUGA